AAGUGAUCAGGAAAACUUCUUUUACCAUGAUGAGAUUAAAUGGAAUAAUCUAAAGAGAAUACCAUUAAACAGAGAAAACGUUUUUUGCUCGGAAAUAAAUAAUAACAUCAAAGAAAAACUUGUAUUUGCAUAUCAGCUUUUUGAAAAAUGUAAGCUUGAAUGUAAUUAUCAUGGAGUUGUUAACAUUGUUUCAGGUCCACCUCAUUAUCUUUUAUGUGGAUCAUUGAAUAAAAAACCUUUUGAUAAAGGUGAAAUUUUAUGUUUUUAUUUUGAUCCGAACAAAGAACUUAUCUAUGAUAUUUUAGAUGAAAGCAACAAACGAGCUU